AUUGUCCAUGUCACUUCCUGAAGUCACACUUCACACUCCUGCUCAGUAGGUGGCGGUAAUGCACCAACAGCUGGUCCGCCAUCCGCCAUAAACCUGAAAGAAGAAGAAGAGUCUCUGGUUUCCUCUUCAGCAGUGUAUGAUAGGUGGCAGUAUGGAACUAGUUUUGGAUCUGAAAACCCGCAGAAACAGAAACUGGAGCUCCACGAGCUUUCAGCUAGUAAUUCUGUAGAUCUGAACAGUUCCAGUCUUCACUGUGGAUCAGCGGAGUCCGUUCUGAGGAAGAAAUGAUCAUCAGUUAGAUGCUCUUUACUCCUCUUUCUGCAUCGCUGCAUUUCCUCCGGAUUCUAGGAUCUUGUUAUUAUGGUGCAGUUAGAGAAAUGAAUGCUGUCCUGUUUCAGAUCUUCUGCUCCCGGUUUCAACUUCCCAAUCUGUUUGAAAUUUAGCUUCAGAAAUACACUCAACCAGAACAGUUCAUGAAGAGGAUAAACUAUUUAAACAGGGAAAAAACAUGGACUCCAGAAAAAUCUCAAUUACUCAGCCAACAUCCUCUCCUACCCCUCCCACACAAAUCCUGAAAAGUACAGGCAAGAAGAAAACUCACCACUGUUCAGACUGUGGGAAGAGUUUUAGUCGUAAGAGUAAUCUCCAACAGCACCAACGCAUUCACACUGAAGAGAAACUGUAUCACUGCUCAGACUGUGGGAAGAGUUUUAGUCGUCAGAGUCAUCUCCAACGACACCAGCGCAUUCACACUGGAGAGAAACCAUAUUAUUGUUUAGACUGUGGGAAGAGUUUUAGUCAUCAGUAUGAUCUCCAACGCCACGAGCGCAUUCACACUGGAGAGAAACCAUAUCACUGUUUAGACUGUGGAAGGAGUUUUACUGAUCAGAGUACUCUCAAAAAACACCAGCGCAUUCACACUGGAGAGAAACCGUAUUACUGCUCAGACUGUGGGAGGAGUUUUAGUCAACAGAUUGCUCUCCAACGGCACCAGCCCAUUCACACCGGAGAGAAACUGUAUCACUGCUCAGACUGUGGGAAGAGUUUUAGUCAUCAGAGUUAUCUCCAACGCCACCAGCGCAUUCACACUGGAGAGAAACCAUAUUAUUGUUUAGACUGUGGGAAGAGUUUUAGUCAUCAGUAUGAUCUCCAACGCCACGAGCGCAUUCACACUGGAGAGAAACCAUAUCACUGUUUAGACUGUGGGAGGAGUUUUACUGAUCAGAGUACUCUCAAAAAACACCAGCGCAUUCACACUGGAGAGAAACCGUAUUACUGCUCAGACUGUGGGAGGAGUUUUAGUCAACAGAUUGGUCUCAAAAACCACCAGCGCAUUCACACUGGAGAUAAACCGUAUUACUGCUCAGAGUGUUGGAGAAGUUUUAUUCAGCAGAGUCAUCUCCAACGCCACCAGCGCAUUCACACUGGAGAGAAACCGUAUCAAUGCUCAGACUGUGAGAAGAGCUUCAGAUAUUCUUGUACUCUGAAGAAACACAAAUGCUCUAAGAUCAGUAAUGGAACAGGGUUACGUUUCCAAAAACUUUGUAAAGCUAAGAACUUCGUUAACUAGUACUUAAGAUUGAACAUUAAUUAUAGAGUGUUUCCCAAAACUUUUUGUUACUAAAAAAACUAUGUUAACUUGCUCGCAAAUUAACAAGUAACCUGACCCAGUUGUUACUCUGAAAGUAGUUUUUAAGUGUAUUCUGCUUGCAGUUCAGCACCAGAGGAUUCUGAGGGAGAAAAUGUGAAAAUAAAUAUUUGUUUUUAUUUCUGUAGUUGAUUGUACAUCCAAUCAGUUAAUUCUUGCAGACAAGAGUUGAUGGCCAUAGACAAGCUGCUGUCUGUUAUUCUUCUUUAUUUUAUUUUCCUUGAUUGUAGAUUUACAUUAAAGACAUUAAAAACAAUCAAGGUAUACAUAUGAACUAAACGGAUUGAGUUUGGUUUUACUGAAACCAGUAAACAUGUUACAUUGCAAAUAAAGUAUCACAUGUCUGUGAACAGAACAUUGUUAUUCAUGCCCAAACAUCUGCAGCAAUGCUGGCAGCACACAUGUGCCUUGUCCUGAAAAACUGCAGUAUGACUUGGCCACUGUGCUUUAGCUCAGAUUCAGGGUGUUAUCAGUCUACUUAUAGAUUUGGCCAUCUAAACAAUUAUAUUUCUCAUAUCCUCAGGGAGAUCUUUCCCAUGAGGUGCCAUGUUGAAUAUCCAGUGGCCAGUAAGAGAGUAUUAUAACCUUGUAACUCUAAUGAGAAACAGUAGAUAUAUUCACUGUAGGGUGUACUCACAAGUUACCAGCUAUUUAGACAUUAGUGGCUGUAUGUGGAGUUAUUUUCAGUGGACAGUAAAUCUAUACUGCUCUACAAGCUGUACGCUGACUACUCUAAGUUAUAUACAAGUUCGAUUUUUUUAUAGUGUCAUUCCAUGAAAAUAUAUAAUAUUUGCAAAUCGUUCAUUUGUUCAAUUGAGUACACCCUGCCAAAAUGUGUCACAACAAAGCACAGGAAAACAUUUUCUCUUCUUAUUGGUCAGAUCUGUCUCAGGCAGAGCCGUGAAGUAAAUGAAAGUUCUGUGUUCAAAUGCAUAUUUCUGAAGAGUUUUAACAUCCUGCCAUUAUGUUAUCAUUGGCAAGAUUUUAAAUAAAAAAAUAACAAAUGUA